AUGCCGGAUGGCCAAGGUGACAAAAUCCCAAUUCUGGUUCUCUUGGAUGAGGAGCUCGAUACAUUCAAGCUACUUGUCACAUGGGCUUAUGCAUCACUGGAAGGGAAAUUGGAGACGCAAGACCCCCUCAAGGGUGUCAGGUCCGACGAUCUUGUCAGACUUUACGUCCUUGCCCACCAAAACAAGAUCACGAAGCUGCAUGACGCGGUCAUGAGAGCCCUUUUCAAGGAAUCUCACUCGAGGGGCUGGAGUCACUGUGAGUUCUUGACCAAUAAGAGCUCACUUGACCGCUUGGUGGACAGAGUGCCGCAGGAAUCGAAAAUGCACCAGUUCCUGGUCAACUACCUGGUCAACAACUCGAUUCAAGCACGAACAAGCAAUGCCGAAAAGCUCAUGGACAACAUCCCAGACCAGCUCGUUCGACUCGCCUUCAAGAAAAUCUUCGAGCUGCCUGAAUUUGACGACUACCUCUUGGGCGGUGCAGACUGA